AUGGUUCUGUUGGAGUUUGGUAUUCCAUAUAAGUUGGAUGAACUGAUAAUGGGCUGUGUGAGCACUGUCAAUUACUCACUGCUACUGAAUAGAGGACUUACACCUAGUUUUCAAGCCAAGAAGGGGCUGAGGCAAGGGGAUCCUAUGUCCCCUUACCUGUUUGUCUUGGCUAUGGAAUACUUGAAUAGGUCACUUAAGAGGUUGAAGAUGCAGCCUGACUUCAACUUCCAUCCCAGAUGUGAAAACCUAGACCUAAUACAUAUAUGCUUUGCUGAUGAUUUAUUGUUAUGCUGUAGAGCUGAUAAACAUUCUAUACAAAUGAUGUUACACUGCUUUGAGCAUUUUUCAGAGGUCUCAGGCCUCAAAGCAAAUAUGGAGAAAAGUUGCCUGUAUAUUGCUAGAGUUACACCUGACUUUAUUUCUGAUUUGAUAGCUGAGUUUCGCUUCACUGUGGGGGUGCUACCUUUCAAAUACUUGGGUGUACCAUUAUCUUCUCGAAAAUUGACUAUUAGUCAAUGUAUGCCAUUAGUGGAAAAGAUUGUUGUUAGAGUCAAGUGUUGGACAUCCAGAUUUAUUUCAUAUGGGGGCAGAUUGCAGCUCAUAAAGAGUGUCCUCUUUGAAAUGCAAACAUAUUGGGCACAAGUGUUCCUCCUACCUAAGAAGAUUCAUACACUGGUCACUAGCAUAUGUAGAAAUUAUCCAUGGUCUGGUUCUAAAGAAAACUCUAGGAAAGCUUUAGUUUCUUGGGAAACAUUGUGUAAGCCCAAAUCAGCUGGAGGGUUAAACAUACUUGACUUCUACACCUGGAACAAAUCUGCUAUUAGUAAGUUACUUUGGGCAGUAGCUAUGAAGAAAGAUAAGCUUUGGGUUCUUUGGAUACAUAGUUACUACAUUAAGGGUAGAAGAUUGGAGGAUAUGGUUAUUCCAAAACAAUCCAGUUGGAUAGUCAGGAAGAUAAUUGCUGCUAGAGAAUGGUUCUCUACAGGUGCAACCUCUGUUAUACCUGCACUACAAAUGCACAUAAAAGAGGGGAAGUACAGUAUUAAGACUGCUUAUGGGAUGAUGCUUCCUCAAUACCCAAAGGUGAACUGGAAAUCCUUGGUGCUAGUUCAAGGCCCUAUACCUAGACGCCAAUUUAUUAUAUGGUUAGCAUUGCACCAAAGACUCUCAACAGUUGAUAGAUUGAGCAAAUGGGGCAUACAAGUGCAAACAGACUGUGUUUUAUGUGAAAAUGCAGCAGCUAUUUUACAGUGGGUGGGACUGAACAGACACAUUGGCCAGUGGCACAGUGAAGUAGAAUGGUUGGGCAAGAAGGUAAGGAGCAAAAGACCAUGGAAUACUAUACUUGGUUUUCUAUUUGCAGCAACGGUUUAUCAGGUUUGGAUGGAGAGAAACAAUCGCAGGUUUAACAAGCAAAAGAAGACAUCCGAGUCUCUCAUCAGAGAUAUUGCACUGCAACUGUAUUGGGCUUUGUUCUCCUAUCAAAGAGGAACCUAUACCCGAAAGUUGGAGGAAAAACGAGUUGGAAUUAAGGUCAUCAUGUCUAACCAAGGUGAUAGGACGCAAGAUGUAGUAGAUAUGUCAUCCAUAGCAAGUUCAUUGGCUAUGAUCGUGAAUCAAAUCUCGAGCAUGCAAGCGGGUAUGGAAGAGAUGAGAGGGGAGAUGAAUGGUGUGAAUGGGAAGUUGAAAGGUAUAGAUGAACGGACGUUACAAAGGGCACAACAACACAUCUAUGGGCUCCCAACUUGGAACGACUUGAUUGAGCUCAUGGAGACAAGGUGGCUUCCACCCACAUACCACCAAGAUGCACUCAAAAGGUUAUACAUGAUGAAGCAAGGGUUGAAAAGUGUGGAAGCAUACUUUGAUGAGUUUGAGGAUUUGCGGAUGAAGUCCAAGAUAGAAGAGCAUGAAGAGUACACUAUUAUAAGGUUUAUAGCCAACUUGAAUUGA